UACGGGCGCCAUGACCCGGAUGUACCUCUGCUCAACUUUAUAUCCCACAAUUCCUUUCACCAACUUCCUCUUUCCCUGCUGCAGCAAUGUCUAAGAGAGGACGCGGUGGUUCGUCCGGAGCCAAGUUCCGCAUCUCGCUGGGUCUCCCAGUGGGAGCGGUCAUCAACUGUGCCGACAACACAGGCGCCAAGAACCUGUACAUCAUCUCCGUGAAAGGCAUCAAGGGGCGUCUGAACCGUCUGCCUGCUGCAGGAGUGGGUGACAUGGUCAUGGCCACGGUAAAGAAAGGCAAACCAGAACUCCGGAAAAAGGUGCAUCCUGCGGUGGUGAUACGGCAGCGGAAGUCGUAUCGGCGAAAAGACGGCGUGUUUCUCUACUUUGAAGACAACGCGGGGGUCAUAGUAAACAACAAAGGAGAGAUGAAAGGUUCAGCCAUCACAGGCCCGGUGGCCAAAGAGUGCGCUGACCUUUGGCCCAGGAUCGCCUCCAACGCUGGCAGCAUAGCUUGAGCCGGACCGUGCACCUCUGUUCGUUUUCAAUAAAAACUGUUGGUAAUCGAA